CCCCGCCUCACUCUUUGCAGGACGUCACCGCGGACUGCAGGGGCCUGAGCCGCUGCUGCCGCCGCCGCUGCCCCUGUCGCGCAGCCCCACAUCAACUUACGGGGGCCCUGUCACCACAGCCGCCGAAAAGUCGCCACCGCUAGGGUCACCACCGCAUCGGUGCAGGGCAAGAUGGCGUCGGCCACAGACUCCCGCUAUGGGCAGAAGGAGUCCUCGGACCAGAACUUCGACUACAUGUUCAAGAUCCUUAUCAUUGGCAACAGCAGCGUGGGCAAGACCUCUUUCCUGUUCCGCUAUGCAGACGAUUCCUUCACGCCUGCUUUUGUCAGCACCGUGGGCAUCGACUUCAAGGUCAAGACCAUCUACCGCAACGACAAGAGAAUCAAGCUGCAGAUCUGGGACACAGCAGGGCAGGAGCGGUACCGGACCAUCACCACGGCCUACUACCGGGGUGCCAUGGGCUUUAUCCUCAUGUACGACAUUACCAACGAGGAAUCCUUCAACGCCGUGCAGGACUGGUCAACCCAGAUCAAGACCUACUCAUGGGACAAUGCCCAGGUGCUGCUGGUGGGGAACAAGUGUGACAUGGAAGACGAACGGGUGGUGUCGUCGGAACGUGGCCGGCAGUUGGCUGACCACCUUGGCUUUGAGUUCUUUGAGGCCAGCGCCAAGGACAACAUUAAUGUCAAGCAGACCUUUGAGCGCCUGGUGGACGUCAUCUGCGAGAAGAUGUCCGAGUCACUGGACACGGCCGACCCUGCAGUCACGGGUGCCAAGCAGGGCCCACAGCUCACGGACCAGCAGGCGCCUCCACACCAGGACUGCGCCUGCUGAGAGCCGCCCUGCCCCCACCCUCGCCCGGCCCCCCGGGCCUGAUCCAGCCCCCACUGGCCGAGGGCAUGAGACCUCUGCCCCACCUUAGCCCCUCACCUUUAUUUAUUAUCGUAGUUAUUUAUUUAUUUAUUGGAGAUGUCCCCCAGGGGCCACAGGCUCCCUACCCCACCCCACGUCCCACCCUGUACAUACUGCCCUGUCCCCACUCUGCCGUGGCGUGUCGUGGCCCUGUGAACUCCCCGCUCCCCCUCCUCUCAGGACCCCGCCUUUUUUAAAAUUCACCCCCAUCGAGAGUUGCCGAUUUUGAAGAGGGGGGCCCGAUGACACCCCAGGGCAGGCUGGUGGGUGGAUGGGAGGUAGUCUGGUCGGCCGGCCUCAUGGCUGUGACGUGCUGGGCCAAGGCCACUGUGGGGGUCUCAGCAUGGACCAUGGGGUGGAUCAGAGCCAGGCAGCGGCCCACCUGGCUCCUCACCCCCAACGUUUUACCCUUUUUUUAGAGGUGAGGGCUGCUGUGGGUACUCGCCACCCUGGGACCCCCCCCGAAACACCAGACCUGUUCUGACGUCAUGAGUGUCAAACGUGCCCCCCAGGUCCCCAGGAGAUGUCAUGACAACACUACACACACCCAAUAAAGUGAAUGGAUGACGCCA